AUGCCAAGAAAGAAAAAACAACCAGUCAAAGAAGAUGAAGACGUCAUGAUGGAAGAAGAAGAAGAAAAAUCGGACGAUGAGCACGUAGAGGCUGUUGUGGAAGAACCAAAUUUUAUGAUUGAUGAUUCUGAUGAAAUCAAACCAUUCACUAACGAUUAUGAUUUUAUUAUUCAGUUUGAUUCUCUUGAAAAGUUACCGGAAGAUGUGGUUUUUGAAAUUUUCACCUUCUUGCCUGCUGUUCCCUACUACUUUUCAUUGCAACGAUUGAGCAAGUAUUAUCAGAGAAAGUUUAAAUUUGCCCUAUCCAAGAGCCAACAUUUAGAUUUGUCUUCCAUGCAGUUUGCUACCUGGAUGCACUCACGAGAUCCGAAAUUGAAAAAUGUGUAUGAUCUAAUUGAUAGCUGCAAGGAUUGUUUAAAGUCAAUCAAGUUACCAAGGCUCUAUCUGGAACAGGACGCUUGCAAAAAUCAAAUAUUGACUCCGUGUACACAGUUGAACGAGAUUACUUUUGUAUUUCCCACCCAAUACUUUACACAAUUAUUUAGCAAUCAAUAUGGUAGAGGCUAUUAUUAUGCAGGCUAUGCUUCUGAUAUGCCAGACCACGAUAAAACCAAUAGAAACGUUUGGUCGAAUAGUUUGAAAGUGUUGAAUAUACUUGGCUUGGAAAAGCCUAGAAAGAGCAGACGGCACGCCACUUACAAUUUUAAUGCAGCCGCACUGAAGCAUAUUUUAGAACGUUUUCCAGCUCUUGCAGAAAUUAAUUUUAUAUUUUCCAGUUAUCAAGAAAGGGAUUUGAGAUCAUUGUUCGAUCGAAUUAAGGAAAGCAGAAAGCAGUUGUUGAGUUUCAGAGAAUCCAAAACUAAAUCAACAAUUCCCUAUAUUUCGGGAAAUUGGUAUGAAGAGGCUGCUGGAUACAUUGACUUUGAGUUUAACCAAGAUUUGAAAAUCAAUGUGAUUGGAAACAUUGGAAGGCUGAACACAUUAGAGGCUGCCAAGACUCUGUGCGAAAAGUACAACAUUAACCCCAAUACUGAGCUCUCGUUAACUUUCAGUAACGCCACAUAUUCGGGCACCUUACUCGAUCAGAUCAUUGGCAAGAAGGUAGCAUACAAACAAAAGCACCAAAUUAUAGCAUACUUACUUGCACAAGGAAGUCAAUUAACCAAGUUAUCAUGUAAUUCUUGGAUGGGUUUGCUCUCUCAAAAGAAUGGAAAGAUAGAGCAACUAUUGGCCGAAAUUACCAAAUAUGCAAAAAAACAUUAUUCUGGAAAAAUGAUGACCCAUACAACAUUUUCUCAAUUAAUGCAAAUUUGUCACAAGAAGCAGAUACCCAUUGCAAGAUCUUUAGAAGUCAUGUAUGAAAAUGGCUGGAGUGAUUUGAAUGAUCCUGACAAUGACUAUGUGUCUGCAGCCAUUUUAAAUAAGGAUGUUCUUGAGUUUAUGGUUGAAAAAGCAGGUUGUUCAUUAACCAAUUUGAAGGAUUGCCCCCAUGGAACAGCUCUUAUGGCUUGCUUUGAGCAAAAUCUAAACUCUCUACCUGUUGUAUUGAGUAAAGUUCCAGAGCAAUUAUCAGCAUUGGUUGGGCCGGACACCUUUACAAAUCGUCCUACUGCAUUCAUACGAGCUAUUAGAAGUUCAACAGCGAUUCCAGACGUGGUGAUUCAGCACAUUUUAGACAAUUAUUCGGAUCAUAUUGACUUUGACAUGAAAUGUGAAGGAACCAAAGACACUCUACUUCAUGAAAUGAUUUCAGCUCAAAGAACAGAAUGCGUCAGAACACUUUUAGCUGUACUCAAAGAAAAGGAAAAACUUGAAGGAAUUAUUAAUGCAAAAAAUUCCAAGGACGAGACACCACUCUUUUUGGCAUGUAGUUAUAGAUUUAUUCAAUUAGCUGUGGACAUGGUCAAGAACUAUGGAGCAGAUCCAAAUAUUUUGAACGAGACAAGUAUGGAAUAUCCUUAUGAAAGAGCAAAAGCAGGAGGUUUCUUCGUUCCCAGCACUGGAUUUACAAUCUCAUCGGCUCUGAUUUCAAUUCCAGAUGAGCUAAAACCUGAGAAACCAUUGUCGAAAGAAAAAAGACAAGCCAUGGCACUUAAAAAACUUCAAAAGAAAUAUGAGGAAAAGAACAAUGAGAAGAAUGAUACAUCUGAAGAACAACAGCCCUUGGAUGAAGAUGAAGAUGAUGAUGAUGAAAGCAAACCAAGAAGAUCCAAGAGAAAGUCAGCUCGUAAUCGAAAAACAUACACAGACGACGUUAUGGAUACAUUAUCUGCAGAAGAGCAAGAAGAAGAGGAAGAAAAACCGAAAAAGACUAAGGGAAGAAAGAAGAAGGCUGCAAAGGCAAGCGAAGACGAGGAAAGCGAGAAGGAAGAAACUCCAAAAAAGAAAAAAGCUGCCUCCAAACGUAAAAAAGAAGAAGAAACAAACGAAGAUGAAAACGAGAAUGAGGAAAAUGCUGAGGAGGAAGAACAACCAAAAAAGAAGAAGAAACAAACCAAGCCUCGUACCUCGCGUAAAAAGAAAUAA